AAAAGGUGAAUUUUGCGGGAAAUAAAGGGAAAAUAAGGAUGAAUAUAAAAAGAAUAGUGUUUUCAAGGUAUAUAUCUUGUCGUUCUUUUUUGUUUCAUUUAAAUUCAUUGAAAUUUCGAGUAAAUUAUCAAUCUCUAUCAUCUAUUACUUUUCCUAAAUUUUCAGAAAAAAAUGACCAAAAUUUAUGGAAAACAACACUUACAGAGGUAAAAGAAGAUGGAUCAAUUAUUGAUGAAAAAGAUUCAAAAUUUGAAUCAAAAAUUCGGCAUUUUACAGUCAAUUUUGGCCCGCAACAUCCAGCAGCACACGGUGUUCUUCGUCUUAUUCUUGAGUUAAAUGGAGAGGAAAUUUUACGUGCAGAUCCACAUAUUGGACUUUUACACCGAGGUACAGAGAAAUUAAUUGAACAUAAGACAUAUCUUCAGGCUUUACCAUAUUUUGAUCGACUUGAUUAUGUCAGCAUGAUGACAAAUGAACAAUGUUUUUCUCUUGCAGUUGAGAAGUUGCUUAAUAUUGAAGUACCAGAACGUGGCAAAUUUAUAAGAACAAUGUUUGGAGAAAUUACAAGGAUCUUGAAUCAUUUGAUGGCAGUUUUGUCCCAUGCUAUGGAUGUUGGUGCUCUUACUCCAUUUCUUUGGGGAUUUGAAGAGCGUGAAAAAUUAAUGGAAUUUUAUGAGCGUGUAUCAGGUGCAAGACUUCAUUCGGCAUAUAUACGUCCUGGUGGAGUCUCUCAAGAUUUGCCUCUUGGAUUAUUAGAUGAUAUUUAUGCUUGGGCAACACAAUUUGGAGAUCGUAUUGAUGAAACAGAGGAGCUAUUGACGGAUAAUAGAAUAUGGAAAGCUAGAACUGUUGGAAUUGGACGUGUUACUGCAAUGGAUGCUCUGAAUUACUCUUUUUCUGGGCCAAUGUUAAGAGGAAGUGGUAUUCCAUGGGACAUACGAAAGGUUGCACCUUAUGAUGCCUACGAUAAAGUAGAAUUUGGUGUUCCAGUUGGACAGAAUGGGGAUUGUUAUGAUAGAUAUUUAAUACGAAUGCAAGAACUUAGAGAAUCUUUAAAUAUUAUUCAUCAAUGUUUAAAUAAAAUGCCAGAAGGACCAGUUAAGGUUGAUGAUUGGAAAAUUUCACCUCCACCAAGAGAAGUAAUGAAGGAAAAUAUGGAAGCACUUAUCCAUCAUUUUUUACUUUUUACUAAAGGAUAUUGUGUUCCUCCAGGAGAAACAUAUACUGCUAUUGAAGCUCCAAAAGGUGAAAUGGGUGUUUAUAUAGUAUCAGAUGGAAGUGAAAGACCAUAUAGAUGUAAAAUUAGAGCGCCUGGAUUUGCACAUCUUGCUGGUGCAGAUAUGAUUUCUAGAAAUCAUUAUCUCCCUGAUAUGGUUGCCAUUAUCGGUACAAUGGAUCUUGUUUUUGGAGAAGUGGACAGAUAA